UAAAAACAUGGCUAGCCCAGGGCCAUCCUGCACAGCUCCUCUCUGUAAUGCUUGGCUUCCACUGAACCAGAUCCCUCCGUCAGGGCCCUCUGCUACGGAUAUGGCUUGGUUUCUGUGUUUGUGUGUGUUUUUGGCUGUGGCUCUGGUUCUAUUAGCAGUGCAGUUAAAGCUCAGAAUGUCCCCACAGGGCCCUCGGGAGCCCCCCCACCUCCCAGCACUGCCCCUGAUUGGCAGUCUGCUGAGUCUGCUAAGCCCACAUCCUCCUCAUGUGCUUUUCAAAGGACUCCAGGGGAAAUACGGACAGACGUACUCUCUGAUGAUGGGCUCCCACAGUGUCAUCAUCGUCAACCAGCACAGACAUGCCAAAGAAGUCCUGAUGAAGAAGGGAAAGACAUUUGCAGGAAGACCCAGAUCUGUGACCACAGAUGUUCUGACCAGAGAUGGGAAAGACAUCGCGUUCGGAGACUACAGUGCUACCUGGAGGUUCCACCGGAAAAUAGUCCAUGGAGCUCUGUGCAUGUUUGGAGACGGCUCUGCCCCCAUCGAGAAGAUCAUCUGUGCAGAGGCCCAGUCUCUGUGCUCCAUCCUGUCUGAGACAGCAGCUGCCGGACUUGCCCUGGAUCUGUCUCCUGAGCUGACUCGGGCUGUCACCAAUGUCAUCUGUUCGCUCUGCUUCAAUUCCUCCUACUGCCGAGGAGACCCAGAGUUUGAGGCCAUGCUGCACUACAGCCAGGGCAUCUUGGACACUGUGGCAAAGGACAGCCUGGUGGACAUCUUCCCCUGGUUACAGAUUUUCCCCAAUGCAGACCUGCGACUUCUAAAGCAGUGUGUUACAAUCAGAGACACUCUUCUACAGAAGAAAUAUGAUGAACACAAGGCAGAUUACAGUGACCAUGUGCAGAGAGACCUGCUGGACGCCCUGUUGAGAGCCAAACGCAGCGCUGAGAACAACAACACAGCAGAGGUCAGUGCAGAAUCUGUGGGCCUCAGUGAAGACCACCUCCUCAUGACUGUGGGAGACAUCUUUGGAGCUGGUGUGGAAACGACCACCACUGUGCUCAAAUGGGCCAUCACCUACCUCAUCCAUUACCCACAGGUGCAGAGGCGUAUCCAGGAGGAGCUGGACACCAAGGUGGGCAGGGGGCGGUCCCCCCAGCUCAGUGACAGAGGCAGUCUGCCUUACCUGGAGGCCACCAUCAGGGAGGUGUUACGGAUCCGCCCUGUGGCCCCACUGCUCAUCCCCCAUGUGGCCCUCAGCGACACCAGCAUCGGGGACUUCGCUGUGAGGAAAGGAACUCGAGUAAUCAUCAACCUGUGGUCUCUGCACCAUGACGAAAAGGAAUGGAAAAACCCUGAUCUCUUUGACCCUGGUCGGUUCUUGAACAGUGAAGCCACGGGUCUGAUCAUCCCGUCGUCCAGCUACUUGCCAUUUGGUGCGGGGGUUAGGGUGUGUCUGGGCGAGGCCUUGGCAAAGAUGGAGCUCUUCCUCUUCCUGUCCUGGAUCCUACAGCGGUAUACCCUCUCUAUCCCACCAGGCCACUCUCUGCCCAGUCUGGAGGGCAAGUUUGGUGUGGUCCUCCAGCCGGCCAAGUACAAGGUGAACGCCAAGCUCAGACCCGACUGGGAGAGAAACAAAUGCCAGGCAUGUUGAGACUGGCUCCAUGUUCUCGCCGGUAGUGGCUCUGUCAUGAUCUGAGUAUGCGGGGCUUUUUUUCAUCCAAACAUACAUCAUAGGGCAGGAGAUCAAGCAUCCGGCAUGAACUGUACAUAUUAUAACAUCUCUUUGUAUGCACGACUUUUAUUUUUAUUUCAUAACAAUGUAAUACCGUGUCAACCAACGGUUCCCAACAUUAUUUAUGGAUACAGUCUGGGGUCUGAUAUGCAGUAUAUAACAGAAUAAGUUUAGUCUGCUACCAUGAAAUACUUAACAGAAAAAUAUCAGGCUAGAUGAGGGCCUACAUACCAGUAAUUUAAUAGGACACACUCUUCUCUGUCCACAGACUUGUAUUUCAUUAAGUUGCCGGAAUCUUUGAGGCAAAGCCUAAAUGUAUUGACUCUGCAGAAAAGAGUGAUUUAACAGGUGUCCAUUGAGCAGCAGUGGGAAACACAGAUUCUAAGCUGCCACAUAUAUAUAAUAUACUGACAUUAGUAACUCCACCUUCCACAACAGCAAGGCAGGAUAUCUGUACCUAUUUUUAAAAUAUAUUUAUUACCUUUGCCCUAUGAUCAGGACAUUCUAAGCUUAUAUGAUAAAAGAGCUUGUUGCACCAUGGCUGGAUUUGGAGAAUCAUAUUGUUUCACCACAUACUCUCAGAUGAAUCUCACCACUACAGUAGAUCAAGGGGACACAAAGUAACUCAUAGAUGCCACUAUUUUGAAGAAACUUGUUGGUGAAGUGUCCAGUUCUCUUUUCUGACAAAAAAAGUUGACGUUCACGGGUAAAUCUCUCUCUUUCUGUGGCCCCAGUUCUUUUCAAGAUGUCAACAAACCUUCAGUCUACAAAGUAGUUUCCUUUUUAUAUAGUUACAGUUCCUGUAAGUUCCUUUGGAAUCAAAUCAUGUUAGUUCGUCUUUUAAUGAAUUUAAUAACCUACAUUAGUUGUUUUGCUUGUAAAGAUACAUGAAACUUUGAUUGGAUUCAUGAAAAGCAAGUGUGUGGAAUGCUGUUGACCCCAAAUCAACUGCGAGCUGUAUUUAGUUUCAAAGCAUCAUCAGUGAGCUGGCAGGAAAGGUUGGAAUUUGGUUCACUGUUACAACGUUGUGGAUCUUGAAGUCAUCUCCUGUACUCUAACCAGAGCUGUGCAUCAUUGUACUCAGUAUCAUUUUUAAGAUAUUAUCUCGAUGGACGUCAGUUAGGAAUCUGCACACCACCUACAUUUCCUACAAGUAUAUGGACCAAAAUGUCUUUUUCAACCGUAAUAAAAUCCCUGGCACUGUAGCAGACAAACUGAAAGCAGCUGUUGACAUAGUUUGCUUGAAAUGAAAACCUUGGUCAUGAUGAUAUGAUUUAUUUUUGUCAGACUGGCUCACAUUUCUGAAGUGGGGUAUUCAAUCCUGAAUGUAUGUAAAUGCUUAUAACUACUCACAAAUGACAUUAGAAUAAUUUUAAGGAAAUUACCUGUGCAGCAUUGGUUUAUAUGGUAAAUUCAGGUUGAUGUUCUUUGAACAGAUACACAGAUACAGAUAAACAUAUUAAGUUUUUCAAUUAAUUAAUUUGUUUUUGAUGGUGAAUUUACAGUAACAGCAAACAGAAGAUACUAAACUCCCAAAUAAAAUCUGGAAUUUAAAUAAA